GCUCGUGUCGCGCGUUUCGGCCUCGGCCGUCGAUCUAUGCCAUCCCUGGCAUCAUCGUUUGUUGCCUUGCGCUCGGCCUCGCAUCCCAGGCGCCGCUGCUGGGGGGCAACUAGGAGGAAUCUUCUCUUCUCCUCACCAAACCCACCCCUCCGCCUGUGAAACGCUGACGCCUACCUUGUUACUGGUGACAGGCCCAACACGCGUCUCCCCCACAAUCCUCUCCUCCCCACGCCGCUCCUCUUCUUCGUGUUUCUUGCACCGUGUUUCCCUGUUUGCCGUCUGAAAAGCUCGUCGUCCCGGAAAACAGGUUUCCUCUUCCGGCCAUCACGCAGGCGACGCCGCUUCUUCUUCUGGAGCCCUGCGAUCUCCCACCAACUCCGCUUCCGUCUUGGCUCUACGCCGCUUCCACUUUUCUGCUUGGGCUCCAGCAGAGCACAACGCCCUCCUUUUCUCAUCUCCUCUCUCGGUUUCCUUCUCUGCCCAGUCCCAUGUUUCCUGGCCGCACACCUCUGUAAAGGCUUCUCCUCUUUUACCACCCCACAAAGCUGAGAAAGAUUUUCUUUUGUUUUUUCCUGCUUGCUUGAGUUCAAAAGCGGGAGUUUUUGCUUUGCUCCAACUGCUGUUUCAAAUCGCUCACGGUGCCCCCCAAAAGCUUCUCCAGCUUCCUAGUUUUUGCUCCGGCUUUUCAGCUUUCGACAACUCGUUUCCACAGAUAGGCGUGCUUGGUCAUGGGGCGCGCCAUGAGAUGGCUCAAGAAGGUACUCACCGGCGGAAAGAAGGAAGGGGACCGGGACCGGGGCAAGGACCAGAGUGCCGCAGUCGCCAGCGCCGUGGUCGCGCCCAUCGAGAGGAGGAGGUGGAGCUUCGCCAAGGCCAGGAGCAGCGUCGCCGACGCCAGCCGGAGGCCCUCCGUCACAGCCGUCGUCGCAGGGGAGCUCUACCAGGUCAGGCCGUGCGGCUGCGGCCAGGACCGCCACGUCGAGGCCGCCAUCCUCAUCCAGAAGGCCUUCAGAGGAUACCUGGCUCGGAAGGCGCUCCGUGCUCUGAAAUCGCUCGUCAAGCUCCAGGCUCUGGUGCGAGGCUACCUCGUGCGGAGGCAGACGGCCAGGACGCUGCACCGGCUCCAGGCGCUCAUGAGGCUCCAGGCCUCCUCGCACGCUCUCAAGAACCCGUCGUCACGGAGAUCCAUCGAACAAGAGCGGAAGACGUCGCUGCCGGUGACGCACCGCCGGAGGCUGUCGGAGGGGGGCGACGCCGGCUUCGACCGCAGCCCUCGGAUCGUGGAGAUGGACACGUGCCAGCUGCGGUGCCGGUCGUCCCGCAUCCCUGGCCGGUACGCCGCCGCCGACCCGCACUCCGCUCCGCCGGUGGCCUCCCCGCUCCACUACUUCUGCAAGCCGCCGUCGCGCCUCCAGCUCCGUGAGCUCGAACAGCGGGAGCUGCCCAAGACGACCCACAACACGCCUCGCCUCAGCGUCGGCGCGCUCCCGGCCGUGGGCGGCUCGCCGGCGAAGGCCCGGCCCUCCUGCGGCGGCGGGCGGGAGUCCAACAGCCCGCGGUACAUGGCGGACACGGCCUCCUCCGUGGCGCGCACGCGGUGCCACAGCGCGCCGCGGCAGCGUCACGCCGCGCCAGGCGAACCAAAGCCAGCUGCGCUUGGGCGCGCCGUGUCCAGGAAGACGAUGCCGCCGCAGCAGUACCAGCAGACGCAGGACAGCUUCAGCUUUCAGAGCUCGGAGGCCACGAGCCGCGUGGAGGAUUACUCGGAGAUCAGCGACGAGGUGACCAGAGACUACUACCUCGACCAGCUCUGGUGAUCGUUCGAUCGCUCGCUCAUCUGGGCGGCGCUACUGAUUAGGGAAACAAUUUUAACAUCAUCUUGGUAUAUAUUAGUACGAGUAGUAUUUAGGAUUAACCGAUGCUUAGUUCAUGGCACCACAUUAUCUUCAUGAGAUAUACUGCCAGUGUAGCUCAAGCAUGCCAAAAGAUCGAGAAGGGAAUAAAUAUCCGUUCUUCUGCUAAA